GAAAAGAACAUUAAAUAUGUCUGGACGUGGAAAGACUGGCGGAAAAGCCCGUGCCAAGGCAAAGACCCGCUCCUCCCGCGCUGGUCUGCAGUUCCCCGUGGGUCGUGUCCACAGACUGUUGCGUAAAGGCAACUAUGCGGAGCGUGUGGGAGCCGGAGCCCCCGUGUACCUGGCCGCCGUGCUGGAGUAUCUGACCGCUGAGAUCCUGGAGCUGGCCGGAAACGCCGCCCGCGACAACAAGAAGACCAGGAUCAUCCCCCGUCACCUGCAGCUGGCUGUCCGCAACGACGAGGAGCUCAACAAGCUGCUGGGCGGAGUCACCAUCGCUCAGGGCGGCGUGCUGCCCAACAUCCAGGCGGUGCUGCUGCCCAAGAAGACCGAGAAGCCCGCCAAGACCAAGUAGAUACUUAAUGAUCCACCAACAACACAACGGCUCUUUUAAGAGCCAAACACGUCUCUCUUUCAAAGCAUCAUCCUCUAAUUAUAUGCUAUGUUAAACAUAAAACCUGGCAUAUUUAAUGUCUCUAAACCCUUUGUAGGAUUUACUUAACACAUUUCUCUUUACUGAAGAAACUGCCCUGCGAGAAAGAUCUUCUGAUACAAAUGUUGAUAAGCUUUGUAAGCUUCUUUUACCUAUACUCUGUGGUUCACAAGCGCUUUUUAUUUUUUAUAGAAAUUUUACAGAAAAGCUGUUUGCACUGAGUCGACAGACAUUUAAUCUGUGCUGUAUAUCGUGUGUGUGUGUAUACAGUAGUUGUGAAAAUAAAGUUGACUUGACGUUGCAUACCUAACAUAAUUGGUCUUUAAUUCUUUUAGUAUCUAAGGCUUUUCAAAAGCAUUGGGUCAAGUUUUUUUUUUUUGCACAUAUAAAGUUAUGCAUUUCGAAUUCUAGCUUUUAGCCCAUGAUUAUUUGACAAAAUUGAAAAGAAAUUAACAAACUGUUUAAGAAUGCCAUUUAUAAAAAAGAAAUCGUGCAAAUAUAAUUGGAAGUGGGUGAAAUACCAUGACUGACGUUAAAAAUCGCAAUUAAGCAAAUUGAAUGAUCGGCUUCCAUUACAUUUCUUAAUCAUCUCAACCAGGCCCCUGAAUCCAUGUAGGUUUUCUUGAAUUAAUCAAUAGGUGGCGAUAGUGCAACAGGUCACUGU